UGGAGUCCUAUAAAGAAGCCUUUUCAGGAGCCAAGGGCUUGAAUCCCAGGUGUCAGGCAUUGGAACCUUCCCUGUGAGGAAGAUGGGGGCUGGGGUAGCAGCAGGAGGUAGAAAUGAUCCGUAGCCCCCAUUUGUGGCAUCCUCUCUGACCUUGCCUUUUCCUCCUGCAGAAUGAUCUCUCGGACCCAGCUGGUGCAAGGGGUGCUCCAGGAGCUCCAGGAGGCAGCCGAAUGCUUUGGCCUGGAGGUGACCAAUGCUGCCCUGGAAGCCAAGAAAACUCUAUCCUCCUUCUCUCUGCCCAGCUGCCGCAGCGGGGAGCAGUUCCAGGGCGAGAUGGACGUGGACUCGGUGGCUCUCAGCCUGUAUCCGGAGGACGCCCCCAAGAACAUGCUGCCCCUGGCGUGCAAGGGGAAGGGCAGCCGCCUGUUUGAGGCCGCCAGCGUGUUGCUGUGGGGCGGGCCCGGCCUGAGCCCGGAGCUACGGGCUCGCACCGUGGUGGAGAUGUUGCUGAACAAGCACUACUAUCUCAAAGGCAUGAUUGACUCCAAGGUGAUGCUGCAGGCCGUCCGCUACUCCCUCUGCUCGGAGGAGACCCCGGAAAUGACCAGCCUGCCCCCGGCCACCCUGGAGGCCAUCUUUGACGUGGAUGUCAAGGCCACCUGCUUCCCCGACAGCUUUGCCAAUGUGUGGCACCUCUAUGCCCUGGCGUCCGUCCUCCAGCACAACAUCUACUCCAUCUAUCCCAUGUGGAACCUCAAGAUCCGGCCCUACUUCCACCGGCUGAUCAGACCCCGCUGUUGCAACCAGCCCCCCUCGACGCUCCACAUCAUGUGGUCGGGCCAGCUGCUGGCGGGCCAGCUGCUGGCCAGCCAGGUCUUCAAGCCCGAGUAUUUCUCCGCAGUGGUGGGGCUGGAGGAAGUGGAGGCCGAGGUGGCCAGCCCCCCGCCCCCGCCCCCUGUCCCCCCGGCAGAGACGUUGGAGCUGCUGAACCGAGACCCCCGGCUCACCUACUCCCACCUGCGCGAACGCUACAGCAUCACCAAGAGCACCUUUUACCGCUGGAAACGCCAGUCCCGAGAACACCGCCAGAAGGCAGCCACGCGCUUCGUUGCUAAGCACUUCCUCCAGUCCUGUUUCCAGGAUGGCAACGUGAUCCCUUUGCAGCGCUUCCGCCAGAUGUUCCCCGAAAUCUCCAGGUCCACUUACUACGCCUGGAAACACGAGCUUCAGGGCCCCUCUGAAGGCGGCGUGAGCAAGGACCCCCUCUCGGGGCUCUCCCUGGAGGCGGAGGAGCUGGAGAAGCUGUCGGCAGAGGGGAAGAAGAGCUGCUUCCCAGACCCCUCCCCAACGGGGAUCUUCAUGCAGGGAGCCAAGAGCUACCUGGAGCGCUGCAUCUCCAUGAACACGCUCGUGCCCUACCGGUGCUUCAAACGCAGUUUCCCCGGCAUCUCUCGGUCCACCUACUAUAACUGGCGCAGGAAGGCCAUCAAGGGGAAUCCCAAUUUCAAGAUCCCACCCUCCCUUCCCGGGGGGAGUCUCCGUCCUCCCACGGGGGAGAUCUUGCAGCCUGGGAAAGGCAUGCCCAUCAGGAAGGGGCUGGCGGGGCUACCGCCGAGCUCCCGGGGCUUCUUGGCUCUGAAGCCCUCUCUGGCUCGUUGGCAGAAGCGACUGCGCCGGGCUGCCAGGAGGCAGGUCCAGAGCGGGCGCCUCCCUUUCUGCCAGUUCCGCCUUCGCUACCCCAGCCUCUCGCCCAGCUCCUUCUGGCUCUGGAAAGGCACAGCCAAAGGCAGGGCUAAUUCUCGAUCCCGGCUCCCCUUACAGGCCCCUAGUCGGGGGGUCCUGGGAGCCGUGGGGAAGGCGGAGGCGGAGGAGAAGCCCGUGGUGACGACAGUGCAGAAGGAGGGAGCCCCCAGGGAGGAUCGCUCCCCAGGGCCCUAUCAUGGCACCCUGUCUGGGUACUCGGUGGCAGGAGGGGCUGGGGGCGGGGGCAGCAGUAGCAACGGCAAGGUCUUUGUCAUGGAUGUGAUCGCCACCACCCAAUUCAAGGCCCAAGCUAAGCUCUUCUUACAGCGACGCUUUGAGUCAAAGACCUUCCCCUCUUACAAGGAGUUCAGUGCCCACUUCCCUUUCACAGCACGGUCAACGUACUACAUGUGGAAGCGAGCCCUCCAUGACGGCCUCACUCUGGUGGACGCCUAAGGUGCCUGGGGAGCAAGCUUGGAGCUUAGCCACACCCUACCAGGACCCCUUCAGGGCGGCGGUGAUCACCCUUCCUGCCCUCCUGAGAGAGAAAAUACUGGCCCGACUUCUUUCCCCCUCGGCCACUGGUGCAAAGUCCCAGGCCGUGGCUGGGCUGCUUUGCCCAUGUCUUAAUGUUGCGCGACAUAAGAUGCCUUCUCAGUUUCGUAGUCUUUUGUUAUUCUCAUUUUUUUUAUUUUCAAGUUCUGAUUCUCCUGAAAAAGGAGAGUGAAACUGGUGGGCAGGGACCCACUGGAGCGCAUGUUCAUUUUCUCAGGGACCUUAGGGACUGGUGAAGGUGGAGAGGGGCUAUUUUUUGUUUUGUUUUUUAUUUUUUUCCCAACCUUGAUGGUAAGAAAGGUUUGUGUACCUCUAUUUCUAUGGUUUUUGAGGAUUUUUUUUUAUUAGUUGUCCCCUCCAGACUUCCCUGCUCAGACAGACCCUAUCGGGUAUGAAUAGAACUGAAGGAGGGAAUCAUGGCAGCAGUGGUGGUGUUGGUUUCCGGGCAGAGAACUGGAAUAUGGUGCGUCCAUGGGGGCAGCAGCCUUUAUAGUGUGGGGGUUUUACUUAUCCAAGCCUAAUCUACCUACCAUUGACCCCUGAACUCAAGGGAACUCUGCCAGGCUCGAAGUGCCCUGAUCCCCUGGCACUCACUUAUCUCCAGCAAGCUGCAGCAGGAAUGUAGUGGGGUUUUGGGUGUUGAAGACUAAAAAGCCAUUCCUACUGUGGUUUGGCUCCUGAGGGUGAAGACAUCAAGCUGAGAUCUGAUUGCUGUCUGGAGUCUGGUUCCCUCUUACCGGGUCAGUGUGAUUCAGAGAGGUUGCAUGUAUUUGGGGGAUUGGGAAGUGCUGAAAGCUGGCCCUAUAGAGGUAAAUAAUUUGGUUCUAGUCUUAUCUUCUUUUCCUCCUCCACUUUUGCUGAGAGUAGAAGUGUCCAAACCGGCUUAGCCCAUUGACUGGAGAGCCAAAUUCUUCCUGGGAUUAUGUGUUGGGGGGCUGGGGGGAGCAGAAGGGGAAGCAGGAAUACUGCCCAGCUCAACGUUUGCCUGGGAAAAGGUUUCCUCCAUUCUCCCAGAAGACAGAAAAGCCGGACAUCUGCCUUCUUUAACUAGAUGUGUUUCUAAGAGAUCACAUCCAGGUUGCCAUCCAGUGAUACCACAGGUAUAAUAAUGCCUUAAAUAGCUGUCCUCUGGCUGUCCCCUUCUCUCUUUCCUCUCAGCAAGGUCUCCCAGCUCUUCCCCAUAGAGCAGUAGACUGCCAGCCCAGAAGUGGGCUCUUCCAGGUAAAGAUAUGGGACCAUUCAGUUGUGUGAAUGAAAAGCAGGUUAUAGGGAUGGGGUGGGUGAAAUUUCUUGUCUGGUGAAUUGUAAACCAAUAAAAAGUAGGGUUUUUUUUUGUCUUCAGUCCAUUGCCUCUUCUCUUUGUUUUGCUGAACUUAUGUUCUCUGAGAACAUUAAAUAAGUCAUUUGACCUAGUUAGCCCUAUUUCCUCAACUUGGAAAAGGGUUUCGAUCCCAGUUCCUUAAACUGUGAGUCGUAAUUCCUUAUGGGGUCUUGUAAAGAUUGCAAAAUCAUGAUUAUUAGUAAAUGUUUGAUUUGCAUACUUAUUUUAUGUACCGAUUUACCUGGAGUCUUUAUAAAAAUUUUCGGCAGAAAUGGGGGUGUGAGUGGGAAACGUUUAAGAAGCCCUGGAGAUGACAAGCAUCCCUCUCAGCUUAAAUGCUGCUUUCCCCCAUUCAUUCCCAUCCUCUGGCUGGCUUAGGAUCAAUAAGGGCCAAGUUUUUUCCGAUGACAGGUCAGGCAGCCCAGCAGGAUGGGAACCAGUUGCUGGGAUACUUGGACCAAUCAGCAGGGCCCCAGUGGGGCUGGUUCUCCAGCUCCCUUCAUCUGCAGAGCCCUCAUCCCUGAGGCUAGCCAUGGGAGCCCAAGGGCAAUUUGGAGGAGGCCCUCUUCCCUCCCACUUUGAUUGAUGUGGGCAUAUAUAGUCAUACUGUAGUAUUAGUUUUGGAAUGGGAGAACCUGGAUUCAAACUAUGUCUCCGCUAUCUAGACAAGUUUCUUUAUUCCCAAGCCCUCCCUUGCUUCAUCUUCAAAAAUAAAGGGGGUAAACUGGAUGGCUUCCUAAGGUUUUUUUGAGGUGCAAAGAGCCACGCUGGCUUUUCAACUGAUUUUCCUUGGUUUAAUGCUUUUGUUACCUGCUCAAGGCCAGCAGAUGGCACCCUAAUGCCACAGGAGGAAAAGCCAGGUAAGGGGGUAGGUACCCUUAGUGGGAUCUUGACCCACUCUUAGCCCUAUUUCUCACAUUUUCUUUUGCUUGAAGAGAAGCCUUCACUUUAUAUUAAGGACAACUAGACCUUGGUGCACCAAGGACUAGCUCUGGUAAUAUCAAAAAACUGUGCUGAUUGAUGAAGCAUCUUUGGGGGAAACUUGAAAUCAGAGGUCAUUAAAUCUAAGAUAGUUUGCUAUACAGACGAGGGAACAAAUUUAGGUGAAAAAUAUGACCUGGUUGCCCAAUGAGUAAGAUCCUGAGACGGUAUUUGAAAUGAAAUCUGCCCGAUUUGAAACCCAGCUCCUAGUCUACUCUGUGCCCUUCCUCAUCCCUGUCAGAAAAUUGAGAGAAAUUCUCCUUCCCAGUCGGUCACACUUGUCCACAAGUGCAAAGUGUGGGUCACCUUCCCUUGCUAGAUUUCCUCCCCUUUUGGAGUUUGACUCUGGAGUUUGUGGCUGCCCCUUUGCUUACACUGAGAGAAUAAGAAUUUCAGGAGUCUGGAUACUGGGAUUCAGUUGAGAGUGGAGGCCUCCAGGGUAAAAGAUGUUCUAACCCUUUUGUUUUCCACAGUUGGAAUCUUCUCUUGUCCCACUGACAUGGAUGAUGGGGAAAAUUCUAUACUAUAUAUAUAUAUAUAAUUCCCUCAAGAAGUGCUCUUGUUUUGAGAAUGCUAUAUCACUUUAGGUAUGUCACCUAAAUGAAGAUGAGGACUUCUUCAUUGGUAAAAUGAAAGGUCCAAGUACUAAUUCGAAAAUGGAUGGUCUUUUAACUUGAAAUAAAUAAUAAUAAAAAAAGUGUUCAUCAUAA